UUGAGUAGUUCUUACGAAUCAUAUCUCAUGAUUGUGUUUGUUACUAUUUUUAGAUUUCACAACUACCAUAAAUCUUGGCUAUUUAAGUUUGGCUCUUUAUGUGUAAUAGCACAUCUUCUGGGUAAUGCUGUCUACUCUGCAGGAUCUUUAUAUGUGUCCCAUUUCAAUUAUCCUGGAGGUGUUGCAAUGGAUGUGUUACAUAAACGUGUGAACCCUUCAACAGAUGUAUCUGUACAUAUAGAUGUAGCGACUGCCCAAACUGGAGUAUCGCGAUUCUUACAAUUUCACUCACAUUGGAGGUAUGACAAAAGUGAAGAUGUUACAUGGACAGAUGAAGCUAUGAAACUCCACUCACACAUCAUCAUGGAAUUUGAUGCUUCUCAUUUGUCUCAGUAUAAAAAUCACUACAAAGUUUUAAGCCAUAUAUCUGGCUUUGAUGGAUUUGGGUUUCAUUUUGAUACAUAUCCACCCAUUCACCUUAAACUGUUAACAAAAUUAAUUAUUUUAGAGCGGUCUCAGAAUGUAUAA